AAAUCAUCAUGCUCAUUUCUUUCAUCUUGUUUAUACCAAUAAACACGACAUCUAUGAUUUUUGUUCUGUCAUUUCGCGACUCAUCCACUGUAGAUGAAGCAGGAACAAAAACACGAACACGAUACAAUGAAUAUUACACCAACAACGUCGAGAAGAGAAGCGUCUGCUUCGACGCGGGAAGAUGAUCCAGCCGCACGCUAAUAGUGAUGUUCGUGAGUGAUUUGCAAGUGUACUAAUGAAAUAUGGUUGAGCUUAAGAAAAGAAAGGUAGCCGUGAUUUUUAUCAUUACCGGCGAUCGGUUUGCCUGGAGGAAAUCGGACUGCGAAAGCCACCAUCGGUAGGUCUGUCUCAACGUGUCGGUUAGCGUUCUUGGACGCUGUACUCGCGGUUGUAAUUAAUCCUUCAUUUCUACCUCUUCCCCUGACCCUGUCCUCCAAAACGGUCAAUCAUUUCUCAAUUUGAAUUUGCUUCUUAGUGUGUCUCUUCAAGUUUGUUUUUGGAGACCAGUGUGACUACCAACUAAGUAAGUACCUUCUUAAGAGCUCUUCUAACGGUCUAAUAUUUUGCCUUCCGUUUUGUCCAUCCAUGUUUCCAUACUCAUUGAAUUUCCCCACUAGCAGUUUGUUGCAAUGUAAUUGACAGCACACCCACACCUCAAGGUCAAGAAUAGGUACAAUCAUCAUCAUCAUCAUCAUCAUCAUCAUCAGCAGAGUCACCUCAUCGUCUUUUUCUUCAGUUCUGUUCGGUAACGUUUGCACUUGGGAAGAUAUUCAUCUUGUUAUUUGUCAUCUUCAUCUUGUUACUUGUUCGUUCCAGCUUUGGUUAAGUAAGUAAGCAAACAAUUGAGUUCGACAAAAAAAUGGUUCGCGUCAAAGGAGCUCCAGCGAUUCCGCCAGUGGCUGCGCCGUAUUCUUUCCUUUCCGAUUUUAAUUUCUCAAGUUAAGGAAGAACACAAAGAACAAGUGCUCGUUGAUAGUUAAGGAAGAACACAAUCAAGUGCUCGUUGAUAACGAACACGAAUUUCGGAUUUGCUUUUAGGUGCGUAUCGAACUAGCAACAUAGUAAAAAGAAAAGACUCUGCACAACCCAGUCCAACAAGACCAACACUCCAAAUAGUAUUCUCAGUCACUUUUUUGCUCUUGCUCUCCAACUAGAAGGAGGGGCCACCUCGAAGCCCUAGUGACCCCCACUCAUCAUCUUUCUUCUUCGUAAUAAAAUCACAGGUCGUCCUCGUCGUCCAGCAGUGGAUGUGGACGAGGUCUUCCUCGAGGAGUCAGCAGAUCCCCGGAAGAGGUUUUCCGCUUGGCACGAAAAUGGUUCGGCGCGGAAAUCAUGGAGCAGGAGUUUAUUAUGCCUAUGGGGUACCGCGACACUGGUCAUCUGGAAUCGCUUUUAAGGCUUCACACAUUCGCGCUCACUCCCACAGAUACAGUGCAGCUUUAUUCUUUAGCUUUAUAAUAUAUGUUAUAAAUAUAGUUCCUACUUCAUCUUCGUGUUCGUGUUCGUCUGCAACAAGUGAAAGCACGACAAGAGUUCACUUUGCGUACUAACAAAAAAUAGAUUGAUUUAUCCUCUUGAGCUCUAAUGUUAGCCCGUAUGGGUAGAAAACGACUCGCCGCGCCGGUUGAAGGUGCAGCACCACCGACGUCCAACGAUCCGCUGGGAAGAGUAGAUCCUCUAGCAUUUGUGCCGGACGAAUUGAUUAUCCGAGACUUCUUAUCGAAGUUGACGCCUGCCGAACUGAAUGCGCACUCCCUCGAGCACGGUACCCUCCUCCACUUAGCAGCGCAGUUAGAUCGCGCUGGAGAUGUGGCAGGAUACCCCGAUCGUAGUGAUCCUGAUGCACAAAAGAACGUAUGUAAGUGGCUGCUAGAAAGCCCCGACUUUCAGCCGAGUAUCGGAACUACGGACCGGCAUGGGCAAACUGUUAUGGAAGGAAGCGCGUAGCAAUUAACUGCCAGCUUGGUGCUGACCUUGUUCAAAUGAACUACAAGUAAUAUGAUCAAGAAGAACAACUACAGGCUUUUUAGAGCGAGAAAUGUCAUUUCUGAGAAGAAGUAGAAGUCCUCUAACUCUAACAGAGACUAGCAUAUUAAUAGAGCUGCGUCCGUGAGACACUUUAAAUUAAAAGCGGCAAUGCUCCCUGUCAGAAGUGCUUUGUUUGGCCGUCUUUAUGCAAGAAAGACGAAAGUACUCCCAGUCCCAUCCACAAAACCAUCCCUGUUCACAAUUGCCUUGCAUGUGGCGGUCUCGGUGGCAUUUCGCUUGGGGCCCAAAUUUCACAGCGAGUUUAUCAGAUCCAGUGAUUAUGCACUAGUUAAACAAGUUAGUUCAUCUCAAUGAUUAAAGGUCGCGAGUAGAUAGUGAGGUCUGUUGGUUAGAAAGAUUCACAUUGGAAAUCUUGAGUCUAGUAGUACUGCGUCUUCUUUUUAUUGAAUAUCAUGCAUGUUGUUGCUCAUGCUACUCCAUUCUUCUAUCAGGUAGAGCAUCUAAUCAAUAUCAAGUCAACAUGCUCUCUUGCCACUAUGCAAUCUCUUUCGCUGAAGAUUAUUGACAUUGACUAUCCUCCAUUCAUACACGCUGGACAUGCGACGAGUUUCCAGCCCGCCGCGCAGUGGCUGCGCUGCUCGAGAACAAGCAGUGGACGGAUGUGAAUCUGAAUCGUAAGACAACCAACGACAUGAAAACAGCACUAUGCAGAGCAUUCAGCGCCUCCAACCGUCGACGCAGUGAUCGGAUUUGCGUAAGGAUCGACUACGGGUCGGCAAGUGAUGGGAAGCUCGGCACGGUUAUGUGGACGCAAGAUACCACAGACGUUCUCGACAAGCUGUUGGCGCACUCUGGUCUCUCACUGGACGAGUUGUUUGACGAGGAUAGCCUCGACCUGCGCGACUUCAUGCUGAACGAUGUCAAGUGCAUCGCUCACGCUCCACUAGUCAAGAAAAUCUUGGAGAGCAAGACGGUCGCUCGCGAUGUCAAGAUGAAAUGGCUGAAGAAGAUGGGUCUCGAUCAAGGUGAAACUAUGAAGUGGCUCAACCCAUGGCCAGCACAUACGUUCGACAAACGUUGCCUCGAAGUUGUCAAUGCGUUCACAGGCGUCUCUUCUUCUCCGCGACCAGCCAAGAAGAAACAGCGGAAGAACUAAGCGGUCAGUGACUAGUAGUUACACGACCCAGAGGACGACGAAAUGAUAUUGAUAUUUUUGGAGUAGAAACAAGAACAACGAUUAGGAUUACAUUUACAAGCUGAGCUCUUGUUUGGAACGAACUACACGAAAUUAACUUCUUGACUUUGGUUCGUAUAAUUAGCUUGUUGUAAUAUUACAUACAACCCACACUUUACCGCUCAAGUUUGGUGUUAUGCUCGCACAGAGCAUGAAUAUUUAGGUGGUCACCUCCUAGUGCUAAUCUUAAAGAAACAAGAAAUUAAUACUCCUGAAAAUAGAACACCACGACUAAUUCUACUAAAUGGUAGAAAAAGACCAAUUAUAGUUGAGGCAAAACCUGCUAGAAAAGAACAAGCUUCAUGAUCCACUACAUCACCUACUUCUACAAGUUUAAGUGCUAAGAUAAGUUAUCGCAUUCAAAUAAGAAUUAUCAACGUCCUCGAUGUUUAAUUUUUGAAAAAUCAGUGUGCCUCCAAAGACAGGUGUUCAGUCUGAGCAACGUUCUCUAUGUUCACGAUGAGAAUUGUAUGACGACGGCACACCAACGUGUCAUGGUAAAUUGUGAGCAAAA